AUGAUUGCUGACUUCAUCCGAUCUGGUGAUUUGGAUUCAGCUUUGAGAGUGUUUGAAAGCAUGAAGGUUAGGACUACAGUAACGUGGAAUUCCAUAUUGGCUGGGUACUCGAAGAAGCCAGGAAAAGUUGUGGAAGCCCGCGAGAUGUUCGACAAAAUUCCUGAACGGACACUGUUUCAUACAACACACUGCUGGCUUGUUAUCUGCACAACUUUGACAUUGAGUCCGCCAGGACUUUCUUUGAUCAAAUUCCCAAUAAGGACACUGCUUCAUGGAAUACGAUGA